AUGGGCACGGCAUGCCAUCGCGCUGCAUGCACCACACUUAUCCACCAGGCCCCCGUCACAGUGCCCAUCCACCAGGCCCCCGUCACAGUGCCCAUCCACCAGGCCCCCGUCACAGUGCCCAUCCACCAGGCCCCCGUCACAGUGCCCAUCCACCAGGCCCCCGUCACAGUGCCCAUCCACCAGGCCCCCGUCACAGUGCCCAUCCACCAGGCCCCCGUCACAGUGCCCAUCCACCAGGCCCCCGUCACAGUGCCCAUCCACCAGGCCCCCGUCACAGUGCCCAUCCACCAGGCCCCCGUCACAGUGCCCAUCCACCAGGCCCCCGUCACAGUGCCCAUCCACCAGGCCCCCGUCACAGUGCCCAUCCACCAGGCCCCCGUCACAGUGCCCAUCCACCAGGCCCCCGUCACAGUGCCCAUCCACCAGGCCCCCGUCACAGUGCCCAUCCACCAGGCCCCCGUCACAGUGCCCAUCCACCAGGCCCCCGUCACAGUGCCCAUCCACCAGGCCCCCGUCACAGUGCCCAUCCACCAGGCCCCCGUCACAGUGCCCAUCCACCAGGCCCCCGUCACAGUGCCCAUCCACCAGGCCCCCGUCACAGUGCCCAUCCACCAGGCCCCCGUCACAGUGCCCAUCCACCAGGCCCCCGUCACAGUGCCCAUCCACCAGGCCCCCGUCACAGUGCCCAUCCACCAGGCCCCCGUCACAGUGCCCAUCCACCAGGCCCCCGUCACAGUGCCCAUCCACCAGGCCCCCGUCACAGUGCCCAUCCACCAGGCCCCCGUCACAGUGCCCAUCCACCAGGCCCCCGUCACAGUGCCCAUCCACCAGGCCCCCGUCACAGUGCCCAUCCACCAGGCCCCCGUCACAGUGCCCAUCCACCAGGCCCCCGUCACAGUGCCCAUCCACCAGGCCCCCGUCACAGUGCCCAUCCACCAGGCCCCCGUCACAGUGCCCAUCCACCAGGCCCCCGUCACAGUGCCCAUCCACCAGGCCCCCGUCACAGUGCCCAUCCACCAGGCCCCCGUCACAGUGCCCAUCCACCAGGCCCCCGUCACAGUGCCCAUCCACCAGGCCCCCGUCACAGUGCCCAUCCACCAGGCCCCCGUCACAGUGCCCAUCCACCAGGCCCCCGUCACAGUGCCCAUCCACCAGGCCCCCGUCACAGUGCCCAUCCACCAGGCCCCCGUCACAGUGCCCAUCCACCAGGCCCCCGUCACAGUGCCCAUCCACCAGGCCCCCGUCACAGUGCCCAUCCACCAGGCCCCCGUCACAGUGCCCAUCCACCAGGCCCCCGUCACAGUGCCCAUCCACCAGGCCCCCGUCACAGUGCCCAUCCACCAGGCCCCCGUCACAGUGCCCAUCCACCAGGCCCCCGUCACAGUGCCCAUCCACCAGGCCCCCGUCACAGUGCCCAUCCACCAGGCCCCCGUCACAGUGCCCAUCCACCAGGCCCCCGUCACAGUGCCCAUCCACCAGGCCCCCGUCACAGUGCCCAUCCACCAGGCCCCCGUCACAGUGCCCAUCCACCAGGCCCCCGUCACAGUGCCCAUCCACCAGGCCCCCGUCACAGUGCCCAUCCACCAGGCCCCCGUCACAGUGCCCAUCCACCAGGCCCCCGUCACAGUGCCCAUCCACCAGGCCCCCGUCACAGUGCCCAUCCACCAGGCCCCCGUCACAGUGCCCAUCCACCAGGCCCCCGUCACAGUGCCCAUCCACCAGGCCCCCGUCACAGUGCCCAUCCACCAGGCCCCCGUCACAGUGCCCAUCCACCAGGCCCCCGUCACAGUGCCCAUCCACCAGGCCCCCGUCACAGUGCCCAUCCACCAGGCCCCCGUCACAGUGCCCAUCCACCAGGCCCCCGUCACAGUGCCCAUCCACCAGGCCCCCGUCACAGUGCCCAUCCACCAGGCCCCCGUCACAGUGCCCAUCCACCAGGCCCCCGUCACAGUGCCCAUCCACCAGGCCCCCGUCACAGUGCCCAUCCACCAGGCCCCCGUCACAGUGCCCAUCCACCAGGCCCCCGUCACAGUGCCCAUCCACCAGGCCCCCGUCACAGUGCCCAUCCACCAGGCCCCCGUCACAGUGCCCAUCCACCAGGCCCCCGUCACAGUGCCCAUCCACCAGGCCCCCGUCACAGUGCCCAUCCACCAGGCCCCCGUCACAGUGCCCAUCCACCAGGCCCCCGUCACAGUGCCCAUCCACCAGGCCCCCGUCACAGUGCCCAUCCACCAGGCCCCCGUCACAGUGCCCAUCCACCAGGCCCCCGUCACAGUGCCCAUCCACCAGGCCCCCGUCACAGUGCCCAUCCACCAGGCCCCCGUCACAGUGCCCAUCCACCAGGCCCCCGUCACAGUGCCCAUCCACCAGGCCCCCGUCACAGUGCCCAUCCACCAGGCCCCCGUCACAGUGCCCAUCCACCAGGCCCCCGUCACAGUGCCCAUCCACCAGGCCCCCGUCACAGUGCCCAUCCACCAGGCCCCCGUCACAGUGCCCAUCCACCAGGCCCCCGUCACAGUGCCCAUCCACCAGGCCCCCGUCACAGUGCCCAUCCACCAGGCCCCCGUCACAGUGCCCAUCCACCAGGCCCCCGUCACAGUGCCCAUCCACCAGGCCCCCGUCACAGUGCCCAUCCACCAGGCCCCCGUCACAGUGCCCAUCCACCAGGCCCCCGUCACAGUGCCCAUCCACCAGGCCCCCGUCACAGUGCCCAUCCACCAGGCCCCCGUCACAGUGCCCAUCCACCAGGCCCCCGUCACAGUGCCCAUCCACCAGGCCCCCGUCACAGUGCCCAUCCACCAGGCCCCCGUCACAGUGCCCAUCCACCAGGCCCCCGUCACAGUGCCCAUCCACCAGGCCCCCGUCACAGUGCCCAUCCACCAGGCCCCCGUCACAGUGCCCAUCCACCAGGCCCCCGUCACAGUGCCCAUCCACCAGGCCCCCGUCACAGUGCCCAUCCACCAGGCCCCCGUCACAGUGCCCAUCCACCAGGCCCCCGUCACAGUGCCCAUCCACCAGGCCCCCGUCACAGUGCCCAUCCACCAGGCCCCCGUCACAGUGCCCAUCCACCAGGCCCCCGUCACAGUGCCCAUCCACCAGGCCCCCGUCACAGUGCCCAUCCACCAGGCCCCCGUCACAGUGCCCAUCCACCAGGCCCCCGUCACAGUGCCCAUCCACCAGGCCCCCGUCACAGUGCCCAUCCACCAGGCCCCCGUCACAGUGCCCAUCCACCAGGCCCCCGUCACAGUGCCCAUCCACCAGGCCCCCGUCACAGUGCCCAUCCACCAGGCCCCCGUCACAGUGCCCAUCCACCAGGCCCCCGUCACAGUGCCCAUCCACCAGGCCCCCGUCACAGUGCCCAUCCACCAGGCCCCCGUCACAGUGCCCAUCCACCAGGCCCCCGUCACAGUGCCCAUCCACCAGGCCCCCGUCACAGUGCCCAUCCACCAGGCCCCCGUCACAGUGCCCAUCCACCAGGCCCCCGUCACAGUGCCCAUCCACCAGGCCCCCGUCACAGUGCCCAUCCACCAGGCCCCCGUCACAGUGCCCAUCCACCAGGCCCCCGUCACAGUGCCCAUCCACCAGGCCCCCGUCACAGUGCCCAUCCACCAGGCCCCCGUCACAGUGCCCAUCCACCAGGCCCCCGUCACAGUGCCCAUCCACCAGGCCCCCGUCACAGUGCCCAUCCACCAGGCCCCCGUCACAGUGCCCAUCCACCAGGCCCCCGUCACAGUGCCCAUCCACCAGGCCCCCGUCACAGUGCCCAUCCACCAGGCCCCCGUCACAGUGCCCAUCCACCAGGCCCCCGUCACAGUGCCCAUCCACCAGGCCCCCGUCACAGUGCCCAUCCACCAGGCCCCCGUCACAGUGCCCAUCCACCAGGCCCCCGUCACAGUGCCCAUCCACCAGGCCCCCGUCACAGUGCCCAUCCACCAGGCCCCCGUCACAGUGCCCAUCCACCAGGCCCCCGUCACAGUGCCCAUCCACCAGGCCCCCGUCACAGUGCCCAUCCACCAGGCCCCCGUCACAGUGCCCAUCCACCAGGCCCCCGUCACAGUGCCCAUCCACCAGGCCCCCGUCACAGCCCCCGUCACAGUGCCCAUCCACCAGGCCCCCGUCACAGUGCCCAUCCACCAGGCCCCCGUCACAGUGCCCAUCCACCAGGCCCCCGUCACAGUGCCCAUCCACCAGGCCCCCGUCACAGUGCCCAUCCACCAGGCCCCCGUCACAGUGCCCAUCCACCAGGCCCCCGUCACAGUGCCCAUCCACCAGGCCCCCGUCACAGUGCCCAUCCACCAGGCCCCCGUCACAGUGCCCAUCCACCAGGCCCCCGUCACAGUGCCCAUCCACCAGGCCCCCGUCACAGUGCCCAUCCACCAGGCCCCCGUCACAGUGCCCAUCCACCAGGCCCCCGUCACAGUGCCCAUCCACCAGGCCCCCGUCACAGUGCCCAUCCACCAGGCCCCCGUCACAGUGCCCAUCCACCAGGCCCCCGUCACAGUGCCCAUCCACCAGGCCCCCGUCACAGUGCCCAUCCACCAGGCCCCCGUCACAGUGCCCAUCCACCAGGCCCCCGUCACAGUGCCCAUCCACCAGGCCCCCGUCACAGUGCCCAUCCACCAGGCCCCCGUCACAGUGCCCAUCCACCAGGCCCCCGUCACAGUGCCCAUCCACCAGGCCCCCGUCACAGUGCCCAUCCACCAGGCCCCCGUCACAGUGCCCAUCCACCAGGCCCCCGUCACAGUGCCCAUCCACCAGGCCCCCGUCACAGUGCCCAUCCACCAGGCCCCCGUCACAGUGCCCAUCCACCGGGCCCCCGUCACAGUGCCCAUCCACCGGGCCCCCGUCACAGUGCCCAUCCACCGGGCCCCCGUCACAGUGCCCAUCCACCGGGCCCCCGUCACAGUGCCCAUCCACCGGGCCCCCGUCACAGUGCCCAUCCACCGGGCCCCCGUCACAGUGCCCAUCCACCAGGCCCCCGUCACAGUGCCCAUCCACCAGGCCCCCGUCACAGUGCCCAUCCACCAGGCCCCCGUCACAGUGCCCAUCCACCAGGCCCCCGUCACAGUGCCCAUCCACCAGGCCCCCGUCACAGUGCCCAUCCACCAGGCCCCCGUCACAGUGCCCAUCCACCAGGCCCCCGUCACAGUGCCCAUCCACCAGGCCCCCGUCACAGUGCCCAUCCACCAGGCCCCCGUCACAGUGCCCAUUCACCAGGCCUCCGUCACAGUGCCCAUCCACCAGGCCUCCGUCACAGUGCCCAUCCACCAGGCCUCCGUCACAGUGCCCAUUCACCAGGCCUCCGUCACAGUGCCCAUCCACCAGGCCUCCGUCACAGUGCCCAUCCACCAGGCCUCCGUCACAGUGCCCAUUCACCAGGCCCCCCUCACCGUGUGCUCAUUGACGGGUGGAGGGAAGUUGCCAGCAGGUGUAUCAAUCCAGCUGAACAUGAUAUUGUGGUGUCCAAACUGCUGCGCCUCGAUCGCUCAGUCGACUAACACAUGA